AAUUUAGCAUUUAUUGCGUAUAGUUUGUGUGACAAAAGGAAAGACGAUUUUCAGCAAUUUUUUUAAUCCAAUAAUUAAAAAGUAAUGUUUUGAAUAUAUUAUGUAUAUAAAUUUGUGAAUUUAUUAGAAUACAUAUUCUAAAUCCGGCUACUUCCUCAGACGUUAAAAAAGAUGCGCAAUGCGCUAGGUAGUGUAAAAAAGGCAACAGACGUAUGCGAGUAUGAGCUCAGUGCCUUUUAUGAUUCACAGAAACUUUUGAUGUUACUGUUGGCAAUUGGAUGAUAAACAAUAAAAUAUUUAUACGAAUACGGGCUCUUUCCGUUUUAACAAGAAUAUAUCACGAUACGCUGCAAUAUUAGGAAAUUUGAAUUUGAAGGUCAUUACGAGACUCUCUAUGGAUGACCCAUCAAUCAAAAAGAGAUUGAUUGAUUUUGGCACCGACGACCAUGAUUACGAUGAGGUCCAAGAUCUACCAGAAGAAUCGAACAAUCAACUGCAACAGCCAACAUCGCAGUCACAUAGUAGCAAUAUUUGUGACAACUCUGUCACAGCAUCAACCACUAUUGCUGGUGUUGGCGGCACAACUGAGGAUUCGCCACCAGAACUUCCUCCACCAAAGCAGAAAUCUGUAAAAAAUUCGAAGAACAAACAGAAACAGAAAUCUGCCAAUAAAUCCAAAAUACCGCGAUCUCCGUCUCUUGCGAGUAGCUUCAGCAACUUAGCAAGUAGUAUUAGUGGUAUUAAUAACAGCAACGUUCCACCACAGACACCUCCAUUACCGACCAGUUAUCAACAGACGAAUAAAAAUAAGACGAAACUUAUGAAUGGUGCGGAAAACAAUGGUGGUGUCGGAGCGACGUCUGUGACUGGCCUUGUGGCUCCGGAUCCAUCUAAUAUUCUUGACUGCAACAGAUCCUCUAACAGUGACAGCAAUCUAAUGGAGAGUGGUGUCCUUACAACUGAUGGCAGUUGUGGCACUAAUUUGGUUAUGACUCAAGAUUACCCCUGUGCAUCUGGCUCGCGUUCCCAGAUACAAUUAAAUCCAAUCGCUCAAGUGCAGAAGCCGCCUACUCCAAACCCAGCAUCACCAAAAAAUUUUCAGUAUUUAACUUUAACUGUGCGAAAAGAUGACAAUGGCUAUGGCAUGAAAGUGUCCGGCGACAAUCCCGUUUUUGUGGAAAGCGUAAAGCCAGGUGGAGCCGCUCAAAUUGCUGGUUUAGUGGCCGGAGAUAUGAUUUUAAAGGUAAAUGGACAAGAAGUGCGGCAAGAGAAGCACCCAACUGUUGUUAGCUAUAUCAAAGCUUCUACAAUUGUUGAACUGGCUGUAAAACGCAGCCAAAAGUCGUCUAGGCCCAGCUCUGUGGGUGUUGUUCCAACUACACCAGUACUAUCAGGACGGGAUCGAACUGCUUCAAUUACUGGCCCUCAGCCUGUUGACAGCAUAAAACGACGGGAAAUGGAGUCAUAUAAAAUUCAAACUUUGCAAAAGAUGUUAGAACAGGAAAAACUAAAUUUGGAGCGUCUUAAAGGUGAUACAAAUAAUGCCAGUUAUAAACUAUCGGAAGCAAAUAUUCGAAAGCUGCGCGAACAAUUGCGGCAAGUAGGAGCUGAGGAUACGCCAACAAUUAAGUGUCAAGCCGCAGCAGGCGAGAAAAAUACUGAUUUACUAAUGCACAAUGCAAUUCAAUAUUUGUCUGUCGCCACUCCUCAUCACAAUCAGCAACACCAUCUUCACAACAACAAUCAUCACCAGCAACAGGUUAGCACACAACAGUCGCAACACACUUCACCCGCAUUCCUAUCGCUACUGCCUCGUUCACUUUCGUCCCUUUCGUUGGGCACGCGAAAGAAUAAAAUUGACAAAGAUCUGCUAACCUCGACACUAAACAAUACAACGGACGUAUUACCCCAGCCACGAGUUCAAGAUGCUUUUAAUCCAAUGUCACAGUCACUUUAUCAUCAAAUCAAUGCAAAUAUGCCAAGUCCUCAACAUAAUACUCAGCGAAGUUUGCAGCAACAAUUUGUUUAUCAGCAACAGCAACGAUUUAAAGAAACUUUGAAAUCAACUUCGGGAUCAAAAGCUAAAAAUGUUUUUACAAUGUCUAAGAGUUUGAUUGAGGAAGACAUACCACCGCCUCUACCGCAAAGAAAUCCAACAAGGCAACUUAUGUUGGAUUCGUGUCAUCCAAAUACUAUCCACCAGUUUUCUCCGAUUUCUGAUUUGGAUCGGGCUGGCAGUCCACAACGCAGUUCACCGAAGUUGAAGUCAAAUAAUAACGAUGGCACUGGUCUUGUUUUUAAUAACAAUAACAAUAGUACCAAGGGAAAGCGAUCUAAAAUUAAGGCUAAAGCUUUAUCGGAUCCAAAAAUGACAACGCAAAUGUUUUUACAAAUGGAAACUACUAGUAGGUCGAUGGCAACAGAAGAUGUGGGUAAUAGUGAAAAUAUUGAAGUAGACUCUUGUCCGCCUCCACUGCCUCCACGGCAGCCGGGAAUGCUGUCGGAAGAGAUAAGUCGUGGCAGCUGUCAGAACCUUAAUAGUGGACGUGCACAACCAAAUUCUCUAAGUACUGGUUACAAUUACCCACUAGUUGCCACAUGCACUGCAGUUCAAAGCGACAAUAUAAAGGCUGCUUUUCCACUUUCACAACGUCCGAACAUUGUUAAGAAAUUGCAACAAAACCAGCAGCAUCCCCUCGGCGGUGUGUCAACUGCAGCCUUAGGUCAAACACCACCACUUAAUCAAAUGAAACAUCGGCGCGUUGGAUCUUCACCGGAUAAUAUACAUCCAAGACACCCAGAUCGAUUAGUAAAAACCAUUUCUGGCUCUUGGGAAAUUGUGGAAAAAGAUACGGAGAUAACACCACCAGGUACUCCACCACCACCGUACUUAACCAGCGCGCACAUGUCCGUACCUGAAGAUCCCAAUGAAAACUGUAGUGUCGGAGCGGGAAUAUGUAUAGAAUCGCAUCACUUUACUCCUAUGGCAGGCGCAAUUUCACCUUCGCAGCAGGCUCUUCAUUCCAGCCGUAUACACGCAGCGCAAUCCACUGACACUCAAAAGAAAAUUAUUUCAAUGGAAGACGAAAAUUCCUCCGAUCAGGAAGAACCAUUUAUUGAUGAGAAUGGACCAUUUAACAACUUAACACGUUUACUUGAGUCCGAAAAUGUUGUUUUUCUAGCUGUCUUCCUUAACUAUGUUUUAUCAAACUCAGAGCCAGCGCCACUUCUCUUUUACCUAAUAACUGAACUUUACAAGGAGGGUACUUCCAAAGAUAUGCGGAAGUGGGCCUAUGAAAUACAUUCAACAUUUCUUGUACCGCGUGCUCCGCUUUCUUGGUAUAGGCAAGACGAAUCCUUAGCGAGAGAAGUGGACAAUGUGUUACAGUUAGAAUUUGACAAAGUGGAAAUAUUGAGUACUGUGUUUUUACGCAGUCGCAAACGCGCUAAGGACCUAAUCAGCGAACAGUUGCGAGAAUUUCAGCAAAAGCGUACUGCUGGACUGGGGACCAUAUAUGGACCUACCGAUGACAAGCUCGCUGAAGCAAAGGGUGACAAACAGAAAGAACAAAUUAUUGAUAAAUAUCUUAUGCCUAACCUGCAAAUUUUAAUUGAGGAAUUUGAAAAGGAAUUACCUCAAGAAGAUGCACGAAAACUAGCCUUGUGCUCUGCUCUUUCCACAGUUAUACAUCGCAUAUUUACAACGCGUUCGCAUCCAAACACUAUAGUGGACCGCGUUCAUCAUUUUGUUAGUCGUGAGAAAAGUUUUAAAUCACGAAUAAUGGGUAAAAAUCGAAAGAUGAUAGCACGGGGUCACCCAUUAGUAUUACGACAAUACUACGAAGUGACACAUUGUAAUCAUUGCCAAACGAUUAUAUGGGGUGUCAGUCCACAAGGUUAUCAUUGCACAGAUUGUAAAUUGAAUAUUCACCGUCAAUGCUCGAAGGUUUUAGAAGAAAGCUGUCCGGGGCCUCUUCCUCAAGCAAAACGACACCCGCAUAACGAUAAUAAAAUUAGUAAAUUUAUGGGCAAAAUAAGACCUCGGACGAGCGAUUUUAUAGCAAAUGAAAAGCGCGCUCGGCAGGAUGACACAGACAUGGAUGUAGACGCAAACAACGAUCGCGUUCACUCAACAUCAAUAGUACGUCAACCAUCAGACCGCAGGCUUGAUGGUAACGUAUCCUUGCGAUCGAAUGGGAAUACAUCUAUUAGCACAUCCGUGCUUAAUAGUAGCGAUUUGCAGAAUUCAUUUCACGCUGCUGGCAAUGCCAACGAAAGUGCAACAAGUAGUGGCGGCUUUAUAGGUAUCUCAGAACUUACUACAUGUUCGGGAUCCACGACUUUAUCUAGCUGCUUAGCUGGCGGGGUCGGUAUGACUUCUCUAAAUGAUUUGAAUACAACAGAUUCGGCAGAUAGUAAAGAUAUGCGGAGGGAAAAUUAUUACCAACAACAGAAAAGUGCACAAGUAUCAGUAAACCGUUCAGAAUCUUACAAGGAACGAUUAUCGAAUAAACGCAUACGUAAUAGCCGCCGCAAAACUUCGGAUCCAAGUUUAUCAUCGCGUACGAAUGAUGAUCAAGCAGACCUGGGCCUGUCAACUGCAAACUAUACAGGAAGCUCAAGUUCUAGUCUGUCAUCCGGAGGUGGCUUUGAUAGUCCAAGUACAUCAAUGGAACAGGUUGCGAGUGGUGUUGCUGUAUUAGGCGCUGGGACAAACGUAAUAUCAAGUGUUGCUAAUUCUCAUCAGCAUCCACAUAAACUUGUGCAGCAACAAUCAAAUCAACACAGUCAGCAAGAUUCUUUUCAAGGCAGCAUAGGAAGUAGUAGUAGUGUCAGUAACACUAACUUUUGGAAUGUCGGACAACCUCUGCAACGUCAAUGGAAUUUUGAAAGCGAUGAUGAAGAUUUAAAUGAAGCCGACUGGAGCUCGAUAGUUGCAGUCGAGAUGCUUGCAGCGCUAACGGAUGCUGAAAAAAAACGGCAGGAAAUUAUAAAUGAAAUUUAUCAAACGGAACGUAAUCAUGUACGCACUCUCAGACUGUUGGAUCGUUUGUUUUUUUUGCCCCUUUUCGACAGUGGUUUGCUUUCUCAUGAUCAUUUACUGCUAUUAUUUCCACCCGCACUGCUCUCCUUACGUGAUAUUCAUGGUGCAUUCGAACAAAAGCUUAAACAACGACGCGUUGAACAUAAUCACGUUGUAAAACAUAUUGGUGAUUUGCUCUCGGAUAUGUUUGACGGUCAAUCUGGUGAAGUUCUGUGUGACCACGCUGCUCAGUUUUGCGCUCGUCAGCAAAUUGCACUUGAAGCAUUGAAAGAGAAGCGAAAUAAGGACGAGCAGUUGCAAAAAUUGUUAAAAAAAUCUGAGUCACAUAAGGCUUGUCGUCGACUAGAGCUUAAGGACCUAUUGCCCACGGUAUUACAACGACUGACCAAAUAUCCUCUACUCUUUGAGAAUCUUUAUAAGGUCACUAUUCGAGUACUACCAGAAAACACUACAGAAGCAGAUGCUAUACAACGUGCGGUGGAGUCAUCAAAGAAUAUUCUUGUCGAAGUGAAUAAAGCUGUCAAGACAGCUGAAGAUGCUCACAAGCUACAAAACAUUCAACGCAAGUUAGACAAAUCAUCGUAUGACAAAGACGAGUUUAAGAAAUUAGAUUUAACACAACAUCGUCUUGUCCACGACGGAAAUUUAACAAUGAAAAAGAAUCCUAGUAUACAGCUUCAUGGAUUACUUUUUGAAAAUAUGAUAGUGUUGCUUACAAAGCAGGACGAUAAGUAUUUACUAAAGAAUCUUCAUACACCACUAGCAGUCAGCAACAAGCCUGUGAGCCCUAUUAUGAAUAUUGACUCGGAGACUUUAGUGCGUCAGGAAGCCGCAGACAAGAAUUCGUUUUUUUUAAUAAAGACAAAGACAUCACAAAUGUUAGAGCUUCGUGCUCCUAGCAGCUCUGAGUGUAAAACGUGGUUUAAACAUAUAUCUGAUGCCGCUGCACAUCAAUAUAAACCCCGAGCUAAAAAUGCUAACAGUCAAGAAACAUCUUGCGAUGAUCCUGUUAACCCCCCACAACAGAUACACACCAGGGAGUCAAUGGACCAAACGCCCGACCGUUCACAACCAACAAACGCAACGGCAAUUUCUUCUACUACGCCUCUGGCACCCCUGCUCCCCGUUACUACUAUAACACCAGCGCCCACUGCAAGUAAUAACUAUGACAGCAGUGUUCAAUUAAGUAAUUGUCGCCGCGAUAGUAUACCUACCGAGAGUGAAGGCUACUACAAUAUUAUGGCUAAGCGUCGUCUCAGCCAAAAUGAGACAACCACUCCAAUAAAUCGAACCAUGUCCACUCGUAGUUGCGGAGAGGCUAACAAUAACUAUCCUACGAAUAGUCCAGACAUUACUGGCGUAAAUUUACGUCACACUCAAUCAGCACGUGAGACCAAUAGUGAGGACCGCGGAAUGAUCUAUGGCUUAGUAGGGGGACCGUCCAAGCGAGACAGUGCGAGCAUUGUCUGCUCGAAUAAUUCUAAUAAUACACGCACAUUACUCAUGCAAUCACCCCUGGUUGAACCAACAGCAAUUCAAAUAAGCAUAAGUCCUGCUCUCACCGCCGAACCGGUGUUGACGCCAGGUGAGAGAUUACGUCGACUAGAUGCUUCCAUUCGAGAGGGGCUACUAGAAAAGCAGAGAAUUAUUUGUGAUAUUUUUCGAUUGCCAGUUGAACACUUUAAUGAAAUUGUUGAUAUUGCUAUGAUGCCAGAAGCACCCAAAGACAGCGCUGAUAUUGCGCUAGCUGCUUACGAUCAAGUCCAGAUGUUAACCAGAAUUUUAAAUGACUACAUGCAUGUGUCACCCGAAAUGGAAAUAUCAGCUGUAUCGACAGCUGUAUGUGACCAUUGCCAUGAAAGAGAAAAAAAUGUUGCAAAAGUAUCACCUCCACCGUUACCUAAAUCAAAAAAACAAAAUGCUCAACAGCAAACACCGCAGUUAAAUAGAACAGCAAAACACAAAACUCGUGUUGAAGAAGAGAUUGCUAUACAUGAAGAUGACGAUGGAUAUUGCGAAAUUGACGAAUUACGUUUGCCUGCAAUUAUCGCAAAAUCACCAGAUUUGUCAACCCCGUUAGCUCCAUUUAAUUUUGUAUCAGCCACGGAAGUUAACUUGACUUUACCUUCAUCAAGCAACAGUAAUUCUGAUCUACCCCAACGACAAAGCAACAUUACAUUAGAUGAGUCUUCUGAAGAAUCUACUGAUACGCAACAUUCAGUACAUAAGUCAGAAACAGUACCAAUACUUAAGCCUCAAAAAUUAAUGGCUGAAACUGAAAUCGAAAAAAUAGUUAUAACUGAACAUAGGGACACAAAUCCCAAAGAAAAAACCAAAAUAUCACAUCAGUCGAAACAACAGACUGAAGAGUCAGAUGCCGUUAAUACGCUGCAAAGCUUAGAAUCUGGAGACAAAAGUGACAACGUUGAAAUAAAUGACGUGUACGAUAAUUUGGCUGCAUCUAAUAAGGCUCAAACAAGAGAAGCAAUAAUUAAGAACUCGUCAACAAUAGCUGAGCCAAUGUGUCCUAAUGAAAAAGAAAAAGGAGGAAGCUUAUCGUCCGCCAUUGCAGUAGGAAACUUAUGUAGACUAAACCGCAUUCAGCACGCUAAUUCUUUAGAGCCAAGCGUUCCGUGUCAUUCUCUCAGCAGCAUCGUAAAUGUAUUGAAUGAGCAAAUUUCUUUACUAUUGCCUAAAAUAAAUGAACGUGAUAUUGAACGCGAGCGUUUGCGUAAAGAAAAUCAACACUUACGAGAACUUUUAAGUGCUAUGCAUGAACGUCAGCGAGUUGAUGUAGUAAAGGAAACUCCAACCGAUAUCCUGACCAUCCUGCAAGCCGCUGACGCAGAGUUUGAAGAUGAUAUUGACACAAUAUCUAACACAUCCCUAACACCGACACCAACACCGUUACCAUCCGCUUCGACCGAUGACAACAUGGAAUCACAAGAUCUUUCCACACUUAGAGUUUCAGAUAUUCUAGAGCCUGUAAGCAUUACACAAAAUGAUAGCUGUGAUCUACAAUCGCCAAGCAAUUCCAUCGAGCAACUAGAAAGUCCGUUACAUACAGCUAAAACUCCAACUGAGCAGCAAAAUGAAGAUAAAAACGAAUAUAACUAACGUUAUAGUACAUCACGUUAUCUGCCGUUGAGCAUUCCGCAUUCCGCAUCCUUUUUUACAGAGAUGAUGCGAUGGAGUUACGUUAAUAUAAUUGUUUCUUCAUACUCAUAAUUCAUACUACUAAUGCGUUGGUGUUCUUGAAUGCAUGCUAAACCCACAAAUCUAAAGGUUCAUAUCUAAUUGUUGCGCAACACAAAUGUCCAAUUGAAUUGGCAGUGAUUGUGUUAAUAUAACCUUAUUAAAACAUUUAACUACUUAUAGCUAUUUUUGCCUUACUAAGAUGUAACCUAUAGUGGCUUGAGGGUGAAAUAAGUUUUAUUUAAAAUACAUAUGUAAAUUCCACUUA